AUGGACGCGUAUCUGAGAGCGGUCAACAACUCAAACUACCGGAGGCCUUUUCUCGAUUUUCGGGAGAGGCUGUCGCAGGUCUGGCUGAACAAGUACACAGUCGUGACGGUCCUGAUGCUCUUCAAGCUUCUGCUUUUCCGGAUCUCGCUCAGUGCGUCCCUCGAGCAGGCCAAAAAACAGACCUAUGGCGUGUGUUCCAAUGCUGAGACCUACGCCUCUUCGGUGACCAGCGUUCCUCAUUACAUCUCUAAAAGCGCAAACGUGAUGAUAGCCAAGGGGCUGAGCGAGGCCAACAAGGGCUUUAUGGAGGUCUUGGACAUGGUUUUGACCGGAUCAAAGGGGCUAAUCAUGUUUGCCAUUGAGAUGACCAUAGGAACUUAUGUUUGUGUACUCACAGCAACAGUGGAUGCCACUGCGGAGGUCGCUUUGAACGCUACCGAGAGCGUCAUUUCUCUGGCCAACGACACGAUCAAGUCGUUUGCCGAGGAGCUGCAAGACGGACUGGACGGCGUCUCAAAGGUUGUUAAUGCUUUAGUCAAGACCUACGAGGAGGUGAAAGAUAUAUUUGACGGGGACGACGACUCGGACGUGAGCAGCAGUAUGAAUAAGGUCAAUCUCACUAUUUCGUCGCUCAAAAAUUGGCAGAUCCCAGGCUCGAUCAACACCAAAUUGGAAAGUCUGUCCAAGAGCCUGCCAGAUUUUGACGACGUGAUGAAUUACACCGAAGGCCUUGUAAGUGAACCGUUUGACUAUAUGAAGGAAAAGGUUUCUUCGCGACUUGACCUCGAAUUCGACGCCGAAGAGCUGCUAGUUCCGGACAAAAAAACCAUGUCGUUUUGCGCCAGCUCCGGAAUAGACGAGUUUUACCAAGACCUGGCUGACCUGCUGCGGAGGGCAUCAAGCAUCAUGUUCAUUGUGCUCGUCCUCGCAGCUCUAGGAUUCAUUGCGUUUGAGAUAUAUAUGGAGAAAAGGCAGUGGGACCGCAUCCGGGACAUCGGGACCAACUUCCACCAAAUAGAAGCAACCACAGCAACCAAGCACAAACACGAGCUUGCAGCGGAGCUUGUCGACAUGUCACGCAAUCGAUACACUUUCCUAAUUGGGCAAAAACUGGGGAAGUUAUUUUUCGGGCCGAGUGUCACACGACUCAACACCGUGCGGUGGGUAGUGACCUACGUUUCCAGCGACCGCAUGUUGCCAGUAUUGCUGCUUGCGCUCGCUGGAAUUACGACUUUCAUACUACAGCUGAUUUUGCUCGGUCAGCUUGCGGGAAAAGAUACUACAGCUCUUGACUCAAGUUUCAAGUCUAUCGGGGCGCAGAUACGCUCCAACGUGAACGAAUCUCUUGUCGAGUGGGCAAAUGACACAAACCUCUACAUUUCCGAUCAGGAAUCUUCAAUAAAUGAUGACGUCCUGGGCUGGAUACACAACAGCACGGGCUCCCUCAACACGACUCUGGGAGACUUUGUUGACGAGAUGAACGACAAGAUUUCUGAUGUUUUUGGCAACACCCCUUUGUACCCAUAUGUGAGCGGCAUUGUUGGGUGCACCGUGACGCGAAAAAUCCAGAAAGUCGAGAAAGCGCUUUCUUGGGUCCACAACCACUCGCAGGUGUCGUUUCCGCGGAUCGACCCGGCGGACUUCGACUUGACCGAUUCCAAGGACUCAGGUUCUAUUGACCAGUAUCUGGAUGAUACCAAGUCGACGUUGGCAAAAACUAGAGAUAAGUUGGUGGAAAAGUACAAGUCCUCGCUGAGAAUCGAGCUGUACAUAUGUCUGGUGCUAUUGGGAAUAUGGCUCUUGUCCCUGGUGGCUGCUUUGUUCAUGGCCUGGCUACUGCCUCCUAAAAAAGACACAACAGAAAGCAUCAAUACAUUCGAAACCACGCAAACUUGGCAGAACACAACGCAAUCAGGAUCACUGCUCGCUGAGCCCGAGAAACUGAAAUUCAGAGACGUUGAUCCUGGCUCUCACGACUUUUUCGCAGGCCCUGGCAAUAUAAAUCAAACACUACAGCAGCUGCUGAAUCGACUGCGCUACAGCGGAAAACGAGAAUCGAUUACCAGUCUGGACUCGUUUGAGACUGUCGUCACGUUCCAGCCAGACCAUGGACCUCACCAUCUAGAAGACUCUUAUACUUCAUUUGCAGACCCAACCAUAGAAACUGCCCGGCGCUGGACUCCCUAA